AUGGCAUCAUUUACCUCGAAACCUCCAAAAAUUGAAAUUAAAUAUACGCAGAUUUUCAUCAAUAAUGAUUGGCAUAAAGCAACGAAUGGUAAAACUUUUCCUGUAAUCAAUCCAAGUACAGGUGAAGAGAUUUGUCAAGUAGAAGAAGGUACUAAGAAUGAUAUUGAUAAAGCAGUAGAAGCUGCUCGAAAAGCAUUUCAUAUCAAUUCACCAUGGAGAACAUUAGAACCAUCUGCACGUGGUAAAAUAAUGCGCAAAUUUGCUGAUUUACUGCGACGAGAUAUUGAAUAUUUAGCACAAUUAGAAACACUCAAUAAUGGUAAACCGGUAACGAACAGUAAGAUGGACAUUAUGGGUGCAGCUGCUUGUAUUGACUAUUACGCUGGAUGGGCUGAUAAAUUUACUGGUGAGACCCUUCCUACAACAUCCGAUAUGUUUCUGUAUACACGCCAUGAACCAAUUGGUAUAUGUGGACAAAUAAUUCCAUGGAAUUAUCCGAUUUUAAUGUUAGCCACUAAAUUAGGACCAGCAUUAGCUUGUGGUAACGUGGUUAUUCUAAAACCAUCUGAAGAGACACCAUUAACUGCUCUGUAUUGCGCUGCUUUGAUCAAAGAAGCUGGAUUUCCACCAGGUGUUGUUAAUAUUGUACCCGGUGAUGGACCUAACUGUGGCAAUGCAAUUGUUCUUCAUGAACAUAUUAAUAAAAUAUCAUUUACAGGUUCUGUUGAAGUUGGUAAAAAAGUUCAAGAAGGUGCAGCUAAAUCAAAUUUAAAACGUGUAACACUUGAACUUGGUGGAAAAUCUCCAUUGAUUAUCUGUGAAGAUGCAGAUGUUAAUUUUGCUGUCUAUGUUGCUCAUGAAGCAAUCUUUCAUAAUGCAGCACAAAAUUGUAUUGCUGCAUCACGUACAUUUGUACAUUCGAAAAUCUAUGAUGAAUUUAUAGCAAAAAGUGUUGCACUUGCGAAGAAACGAAUUGUUGGUGAUCCAUUUGAUCCAGCUACUCAACAAGGUCCACAAAUUAAUAAGAGUCAAUUCAAAAGAAUUCUAAAUUAUAUUGAAUCAGGUAAAAAAGCUGGUGCUAAAUUGGAAUGUGGUGGUGAAAAAGCCAAUGAUAAAGGUUAUUUUAUCAAACCAACAGUGUUUAGUAAUGUCAAGGAUGACAUGGAAAUUGCUCGUGAAGAGAUAUUUGGACCGGUGAUGUCUGUAUUCAAAUUUGAUUCGUAUGAUGAAGUGAUUGAACGAGCUAAUGCAACUAAUUUUGGUUUAGUUGCUGGUGUUCUAACGAAAGAUUUAACACGUGCUCUAAAAUUUGUUCAAGAACUACAAGCAGGCUCCGUUUGGGUUAAUACCUAUGCUGCAAUGAAGGCCCAAGCUCCAUUUGGAGGUUUCAAACAAUCUGGUCAAGGUCGAGAAUUUGGAAAAUAUGGUCUUGAACCUUAUUAUGAAGUUAAAACAGUUGCCAUCAAACUUCUAUCAAAAAUGUAA